GGACUAAGAUAUGUUCUGUUUAUUAUUAAAUGUACCUCGAAUAUGUUGUCGUUCAUUUAAAGCUAAAGCUGAAGAAACACAGCCUCUCUUGAUCUCUUCCAUCGGAGAGAGAGAGAGAGAGAGAGAGAGAUGUACAGGUUCAGCAACACAGUGAUAGGCUUCCUCAACCUCAUAACUCUCCUGGCCUCCAUCCCUAUCAUCGGGGCUGGCCUGUGGAUGGCCAGGAACACCACGACCUGUGAGAACUUCCUCCAGACGCCACUGCUUGUCCUCGGCUUCAUCGUCCUCGUGGUCUCCCUUGCUGGCUUCAUCGGGGCCUGCUUUCGUGUUGCGUGGGCGCUCUGGCUCUACCUCUUCGUCAUGCUGCUCCUCAUCGCGGCCCUCACCGCCUUCACCAUCUUCGGCUUCGCCGUCACCGGCCGCGGCAGCAACGUGGAGGUCCCGGGGAGGAACUACCAUGAGUACCGGCUAGGGGACUACUCGGAGUGGCUGAGGAAUAGGGUCAAGGACCCAAAUAGUUGGAAUGAUAUCAAGAAGUGUAUCUUGGGGUCCAAGACUUGUGCCAAGAUUCAGAAUUGGACUCCUCUUGAUUAUCUGCAGAAGGACAUGAGCCCUGUCCAGUCUGGUUGCUGCAAGCCACCAACAUCAUGCAACUACAAUAUGGCCACAAUGGUGGCUCAGGACCCGGAUUGCUAUCGGUGGAACAACGCCGCAACCAUCCUGUGCUAUGACUGCGACUCGUGCAAAGCCGGGGUUCUUGAGGAAAUGAGGCAGACCUGGCACAAGCUUGCUGUCCUCAGCAUCGUCAUGCUGGUGCUUCUCAUCUGCAUCUAUUCCAUUGGCUGCUGUGCCUUCCGGAACACGAAAAGGGCACAGACCGACCACCCAUAUGGCGAGAACCGGAUGAGCAAAGUCCGGCCCCGGUGGGACUACUAUUGGUGGAGAUGGUGGUAUGACUGUAAAGAGCGGCUUUAUUAGCACACAGGAUCCCAUCUUCUCAUUAAUCUAUAACCUUUCUUUUUCCCACCACCUUCACUUUCUUUUCUCUUUCUCUAAGGAAGUCGUGUUCAUAUUCUCAGUUUGUAUUCUUGCUACAGCAAAAGAGAGGGGACAAGUCCAUUGCUCCUUUUGAGGAGAUGGGUAAUGGUCAUAGAGGUCUCUCAUUGUCCAAAGUGACUUCGUGAAUGCUUCCUUUUCUUGUACAAAGAUGGGUUUUGCUUUUGUCUCCCA